AUGUCGUUCUUUGAGUUAGUAGGUGUAACACCAAAAAAUCAGAAUUUCCUCGUUGGUUAUGUGUUCAUGCGCAACGAGUGCACGGAAAGCUAUAAGUGGGUGUUGCAGAGAUUAAGGGAGUUGAUUGGGUAUGAUAAAGAACCAUCGGUAUUUUUUUCAGAUUGUGAACUUGGCCUCUGUGCGGCAAUGAGAGAAGUGUUUCCAGGGACAUCACAUUUACUUUUUCGAUGGCACAUUAACAAAGAUGUGGAGGCUAGGGUGACUGAUUUGUUCAAAAAUAAGAAGAUUGGUGCGAGUUUUAAAAAUGGCGAAUGGAAACGUACCAUGGAUGCUACAACCAAGGCAGAUUAUAAUAUUGUUGUAAAUACAGUGAAAGCUAGGUGGGCAAGUUAUCCAUCAAUGAUUACUUACGUUGAGAGAACGUGGCUUUGUUAUAAAAUCAAAUUUGUGACAUUUUGGACGAACCAAGUUCUUCACUUUGGUAACACGAGUAAUUGUAGAGUUGAAUUGAAAGCCAACAUUCGUAGUGAAGACGUGAUUAUUGCAAUUCGUAAUGGUUUGGAGGCAUCAAGAUCGAAAUUUGGUGAAAAGUACAGACAAUUGCCACUGUCACGUAUAAAUGGCAAAGUUUCUCAACAUAGUUUGAAAAUUCUCGGUGAUGAGACGAGAAGGAUGAGGGAGUUGAGUUACCAGUUAGGCUCGUAUAUCAGGAAAAUUCAUCCAUUUUGGAAGACCUUGGUUAUUGGUGAUGGUGUUGAUAUACUUUUCUUCGCUAACGAUUCAACCGAGGAAGCUGCACAUUUUCAUUCCCUGGUUGACGAGGUCAUUGGUAGUGAUCCUACUAUACUUCGAAAUGUAUCUCGCAUCAUUAAAGAGGAGCUGCAUCAGGAUCAUGCAAACCUGGAAGAACCACAUGUAAACCACAAUGUUCGAGGUCGACAAAGGAACAAUGAUACCAGGGGUGAUCCUUGUUAUUUCGAAUAUGUAAACCGUUUAAACACUCAACGUGGUACACAACAAAUAGGCACAACCUCAGGACCGAUGUUGCCUUACAUCAUGGAAUUGAAGGAUGUCAUUGGUGAUGGAAACUAUGGCUUUCGCUAUGUGGCUGACUUCUUCUUUGGUGAUCAGGCGCAAUGGUUUACCGCGCGGGAAACAAUAGCAAACGAGGUCGCCGCUCAUCCAAUGUUAUACCAAAGGAUUUACGGGAUUGGAAGGGUUUGGAUGAAUGUAGAACUUAUUCGAUGGGAUGGUGGAGCGGUUUAUAUGCGGCAUUAG